CCUUUUAGGAUGCCGGGACUUCUAGCGGGCCAGCCAGCAGGCAAAGGACGAGUUUUUGGGGCGUCAGGGUUCCCCAGACAGGUCCAGGAAUCCGCCUCAUGUGAGAGGAAGCGCCAGUUAAAUAGUCCCGGCCAUUCAGCGCUUCCGCCUAACUUGCCGCAAAGUUUUCCUAGAGAAGUCGGGGUUUUUCUAGCCCAGCGCUUUUGCAGCCUGCUAGAGCCGACGCGUACUUUCUUAACCUGGGCUUGCUUUACGUCCGGUUUUUCGAACUUUACACUCGCCUACAUUCUAGGAGCUGGGCGGGAGUGCGAGACGGUGUGCCUCCGCGCUCCCCGCGGGGCAGCGGAACCCCGGAGGAAGGGGCGGAUCGGGCGCGGUGUUUGGGGCGAAGCUGGGCGCGCGGCGCUCGAAGCACUCAGUCGGCGGGUUUCGUGGUUGGUGGAGACAGCAAGGGCACCCCGCAGACCGCACCCCUCGAGCUAUAGGUUCGCAGGCCCUACUCGACGGCGACCCUAUUGCGGGCCCAGCCUAUGGUCAUUGGGGGCCAUUUCUUGCAGAGAUGCCCAGCUCCCUGACGCGCUCGCUCUUCUCCAGAGUUGGCCAAAGAUACCAUCUCUUCUUUUGAUCACUGUUCCUGAUUGUGACAUUGUGGAAGUGUUAAAUUGUGUGCCUUUGGUUCCUGAAGAAAGAGCUGGUGCUAGCAACCCCCUACCCACUCUGGCCUCUGGACCUAGCUUGAAGUUCUGGAUUAUUUCCUUCUUCCUUGUACGUCAGCCUGAGCCUUCUGUCACCCAAAGGGCUCCAGCUGGUUUUUCACUCAGGCCUCAUUUUAUCUACCAAGAUGAAGGAACUAAGACACAGAGAUUGAGACUUGUCUAAAGUGACAUGACCAGUAAGUGCUUGAAUUAAUGGAGAUGAGAAAACUGAGGUCCAGAGAAGUUGAAGCUUUCCCAAGGUCACACAGCAGAGCUGGAACUAAAGCUUGCAUUUCCUGACUUCCAGAUUAGUGUUAUUUUUACUUCAAACUAUACUUCUUGGUGAGUUAUUGUGGGAAAAAUCCCGUAUUUUGAAGAUGUCUCUACACAGUAUCGUUUCCUGUUUAAAUUACAGAUAACUUCAAGAGUUUUCAGAAAAAAAGAAAUUGGGACUUUUUUGGUUAAAUCAUGCCAUCUGAACAGAAACAGUUAUUUUGUGAUGAAAAACAAACUACGUUAAAAAAAGAUUAUGAUGUGAAAAAUGAAAUAGUUGACAGAUCAGUGCCUAAACCAAAAAUUUCAGAAAGCAUUCAUUAUGAACUGAAAAAUGUGAAAAUUCAUUUGCCAAAAAUAAAUAUUCCAAAUGAAGUCCUAUUAAAAGAUGAAGUUGACAAAUACGGAAAAUUAUUUCAGAGUAAACAGCAGACUGCAAGAAAAUCUAUCAAUAUAAAGACUAUAAACUAUGUAGAGGAGUGUACAUUGCUUCAUAAGUCUGAGAGAGCUGAAGAAGAGGGUAUAAACAUGUCUGCAAAAAUACUCAAUUUCAGCUGUUUGAAAUGCCGAGACAACACUCGAUAUAGCCCAAAUGAUUUGCAGAAACACUUUCAAAUGUGGCACCAUGGUGAAUUACCUUCAUACCCUUGUGAAAUGUGCAGCUUUUCAGCAAAUGACUUUCAGGUAUUUAAACAACACAGACGAACCCAUAGAAGCACUUUAGUAAAAUGUGACAUUUGUAACAAUGAGAGUGUAUAUACUUUACUGAACUUGACAAAGCAUUUCACAUCCACACAUUGUGUUAAUGGUAAUUUUCAAUGUGAAAAGUGUAAAUUCUCCACCCAGGAUGUUGGCACAUUUGUUCAGCACAUUCAUAGACAUAACGAAAUUCAUUAUAAGUGUGGUAAAUGUCAUCAUGUAUGUUUUACCAAAGGAGAGCUUCAGAAGCACCUUCAUGUUCAUUCUGGUACUUUUCCCUUCACUUGUCAAUAUUGUAGCUAUGGUGCCACCAGGAGAGAACACCUUGUAAGACAUGUUGUAACUUUGCACAAAGAACAUUUAUAUGCAAAAGAAAAACUGGAAAAAGACAAAUAUGAUAAAAGGAUGGCCAAGACUUCAGCAGGACUUAAGCUAAUACUGAAAAGAUAUAAAAUAGGUACAUCAAGGAAGACAUUCUGGAAACGUAAGAAAAUUAACAGUGGAAGUGACAGAGAUAUAGAAAAGAACACUCAGGUGCUUAAAAAAAUGAACAAAACACAGAUUAAAUCUGAAGACCAGAGCCAUCUUGUUCAAGAGCAUUUAAGUGAAGAAAAGGAUGAAACACUACACUGUGAGAAUAAUAAUAAAGUUACUGAAUCAGAGGCAGAGAAACCAACUCUUCUGUCCACUGGGCAAGGUAAUAGAGCUGGAGAGGGACCAAACGUUAGUUCAGGUUUCAUGAAGACUGCUGUACUAGGAUCUACAGUGUUAUUGGUGAAAAAUAAUAAAAUAACAAUUCCCCCUAACUAUAGUGCUAAGUUUAUGGGCUUCAAAAUGGUAGAUGGAAAACAGCAUAUUGUAAUAAAAUUGGUGCCUAUCAAUAAACAGAAUUUAUCACCAGACUCACAUUCAGGUGCUGCAAAGGUACUUCCUGGUACUGCUAAUUUGCAGCCCCAGACUUUGGACACUAAUGGAUUUUUAACAGGAGUAACAACUGAGUUAAAUGACAGAGUUUAUAUGAAAGCAGCUACUCCAUUUUCAUGUUCAUCUUCUAUACUUUCAGGGAAAGCAACUUCAGAAAAAGAAAUGACUUUGAUAUCUCAAAGGAAUAAUAUGCUUCAAACAAUGGAUUAUGAGAAAAGUGUAUCUUCUUUGCCAGCAACAUCAGAAUUGGUUACAGCAUCAGUGAAUUUGACCACAAAAUUUGAAACAAGAGAUAAUGUUGACUUCUGGGGAAAUCAUCUUGCUCACAAUCAUCCCGAGGUAUUAGGUACCACCAUUAAAAGUCCAGAUAAAGUCAACUGUGUUACCAAACCAAAUGCAUACAACAGUGGAGAUAUGCAUAAUUAUUGCAUUAAUUAUGGCAGCUCUGAGGUAACUGUUGAAUCUUCCAACCAAGGAUCAUUACCAUUUCAUAAUUACUCAAAAGUGAAUAAUUCUAAUAAACGUCGUAGGUUUUCAGGAACAGCAGUGUAUGAAAACCCUCAAAGAGAAUCUUCAUCCAGCAAAACAGUUGUCCAGCAACCAAUUAGUGAAUCAUUUUUGUCACUAGUGAGGAAGGAAAGCUCAAAACCAGAUAGCCUGUUAGCAUCUAUUAGCCUUUUAAAUGAUAAAGAUGGAACUUUAAAAGCAAAAUCUGAAAUUGAAGAACAGUAUGUUUUAGACAAAGGACAAAACAUUGAUGGACAAAACCUGUACAGUAAUGAAAAUCAAAAUUUAGAGUGUACAACUGAAAAAUCUAAAUGGGAUAACUUUAUUAAUGUUGAUUCACCUAUGAUGCCCAGAAUCACAUCGGUUUUCUCUCUCCAGAGCCAACAGGCAUCAGAAUUUCUGCCACCUGAAGUAAACCAAUUGCUUCAGGAUGUAUUGAAAAUAAAACCUGAUGUAAAACAAGAUUCUAGUAACAUUCCAGAUAAAGGCCUUCCACUUCAUUGUGACCAGUCAUUUCAAAAACAUGAGGGAGAAAGCAAAAUUGUUGAACCUUCAAAAGAUUACAAAGUGCAAGGCAUCUUCGCGGUUCCACCUGGCAGUGUGGGUAUUAAUGUGCCUGCAAAUGAUUUGAAUUUGAAAUUUGGAAAAGAAAAACAAAUGCCAUCAGUGCCACAAGAUGUGAGAGAUUCAGAGAAGAUACCUAGAAUUUCAGGUUUUGGCACAUUACUUAAGACUCAGUCAGAUGCGAUAAUAACACAGCAGCUUGUAAAAGACAAACUACGAGCCACCACUCAAAAUUUAGGUUCUUUUUAUAUGCAGAGUCCACUUUUAAAUUCAGAACAAAAAAGAACUAUAGUUGUUCAGACUUCAAAAGGGCUUUUUGUACCAGUGAACAUUACUAACAAGCCUGGGUUACCGGUUGUUCCAGGAAAUGCACUUCCAUUCGUUAAUUCACAAGGUAUCCCUGCUUCUCUUGUUGUAAACAAGAAACCUGGGAUGAUUUUAACAUUUAAUAAUGGGAAACUUGAAGGUGUUUCCACUGUCAAAACUGAGGGUGCCCAAGCUCAUGGAACUAUGACUAAGGAGCCUUGCAAAACACCUGUUUUGAAGGUAGAACCAAACAAUAAUUGUCUUACACCUGCACUUUGUUCCAGCAUUGGCAGUUGUUUGAGCAUGAAAAGUAACUCAGAAAAUACUUUGCCAUUAAAAGGUCCUUACAUUUUGAAACCAACGAGUUCUGUGAAAGCUGUUUUUAUUCCUAACAUGCUAUCUGAGCAACAGAAUGCUAAGUUGAAUAUCUCAGAUUCAGCAAAACAGCACAAGGAGAUUUUUCCAAAACCACCUCUUUAUACCCUCUUGCCUGAUGGCAAACAAGCUGUUUUUUUAAAGUGUGUGAUGCCAAAUAAAACUGAGCUGCUUAAGCCCAAAUUAGUCCAAAAUAGUACUUAUCAAAAUAUACAGCCAAAGAAACCUGAAGGAACACCACAAAGAAUAUUGCUGAAAAUUUUUAACCCUGUUUUGAAUGUGACUGCUGCUAAUAAUCUGUCAGUAAGCAACUCUGCAUCCUCAUUGCAAAAAGACAGUGUACCAUCUAAUCACAUUAAAGGAGGAGAGCAGAAAGAGCCAGAAUCUUCUAGAGAUGCCUUACCCCUCUUACUAGAUGACUUAAUGCCAGCAAAUGAAAUUGUGAUAACUUCUUCUGCAACGUGCCCAGAGUCUUCUGAGGAACCGGUAUGUGUCAGUGACUAUUCAGAGGCCAGGGUAUUAAGAUGUAGAACAAAUUGUACACCUGAGAGAAACUUCAGUAGAAAAAAGACUUCCAAAAAAAUUUUUUCAAAAAAAAAAACUCGUGGUGGAAGUGAAGACUCGGAUACUGCCUUUGUAUCUAGAAACAGAAACUGUAAACGCAAGUGUAGGGAUAGUUACCAAGAACCUCCAAGAAGAAAAGCAACAUUGCAUAGAAAGUGUAAAGAAAAGGCAAAACCUGAAGACGUCAAUGAAACAUUUGGAUUUAGCAAACCUAGGCUUUCAAAAGAUUCUGUCAGAACUUUGAGGCUUUUCCCUUUUAGUUCCAAACAGCUUGUGAAAUGUCCUAGGAGAAACCAACCAGUUGUAGUUUUGAAUCAUCCUGAUGCAGAUGCACCAGAAGUAGUAAGUGUAAUGAAAACUAUUGCAAAAUUUAAUGGACACGUACUUAAGGUUUCAUUGUCAAAAAGAACUAUCAAUGCUUUACUGAAACCAGUUUGCUAUAAUCCUCCAAAAACAACUUACGACGAUUUUUCCAAGAGGCACAAAACAUUUAAACCUGUUAGUUCUGUGAAAGAAAGAUUUGUGCUAAAAUUAACACUCAAAAAGACAAGCAAAAACAAUUAUCAGAUUGUGAAGACUACCUCUGAAAAUAUUUUGAAGGCUAAAUUUAACUGUUGGUUUUGUGGUAGAGUAUUUGACAAUCAGGAUACUUGGGCUGGUCAUGGUCAGAGACAUUUAAUGGAAGCUACUCGGGAUUGGAACAUGUUAGAAUAGUUUACAGUAAUUACCAAGGAAAAGAAAAGUGAAAUUACCUUAGAAGGAAACAGUGGGUUGAAUUACCAUAAUGCAAUAUUCUACUUCAGUAUACCUGAAAUUAAACAUUUUAACAGUUGAUUAUAUUUCUGUGGAAGAGUAAAAGUUUUAUGUGUGAUAUUUGAAAAUGCUAUCUCUGCACACAUAAGUUUUGCAAGAAACUAAUCACAGCACAGAAAUACCUUGAUUUAAUUUUUGAAAAAUGUGUUCUUGGGAAGUUAGGGCUAAAGAAAAUUUUGAUAAAAUAAUUUUCCCAAUUUAGUUCUUUGGUGACUCUUAGUAGAGGGUAAUGGCUGACACCCUCAUUCCCUCUCUUCUUCCACCAGCCUUAUGCAUCUAAGUGUAGCUCCUCUGGAGGUGGAGAGCUCUUUCAUGAUAGAGCUGAAGGAGUUUCUCACAUUUGUGGAUACUUUGAGAGAGCUUGGGUGAAGAAGUCACUAUAUCUGUUAAAUAUAGUUCUUUUGAAGGAUAUUAGGCUGCUUGGAAAGUACAUUUGACUCACUACAGUUACACCUCAUAUAAUGCUUGAAGAGUUUUUGGCAAGUAAAAUUUUUUUUUCCAGUUGAACUCUGUCAUGUGUCAAAAAUUGGCAACACUCUCCCAAGGUGAUUUUCUUUUUCUAAAUGACCAUGUCAAAUGUUGCAGUAGAUGGGCAACCUCAAGAGAAGAAUUUAAACUCUUUGUCGCAUUGAAAGUUUGGUUAGAGAACUUGAACAGAGUUCUGAAUUUGAUUAUAAUCUCUGAUCAUCUCCUUGCACAGAACAGUGCUUAUCUCAUUUAAAUUGUUUGUCCUCCAUAAACAAAUGGCCAUUUUAAAUUCUUGGUUCCCAUCCCUUUAAAAAGAAUGGAACAUAGGAGCAUUUCCAAGGAGUGGCUUUUCUUGAAAAUUUAAUCUUUUUACCAAAACAAUAUUUUGAAAUAAGAUUAUAUUUUUAUCUGUAUUCAGUUUAUUAUUUGAACAUGUCCAAAUUAGGACAAACCAUUUCUGUUAGCUUCUUCUCAGUGUGACUGACAACCCAAAACAUAUAUACAGAUUGUUGGCAUUUGAAAAAGGAAGCAUUAACAGUGGACCCAGAGACAGUGCAUGAAACCUUAGGACAGAUUCUUAAGGGACAUGCCCAACAGUUUUAAAAUGGAUGUUUUCAUGAUGACAAGAAAAUCAUAGAUUUAGAUUUUUCACCUUGUAAGUUUGGAUCAAAUUUUAUUGCAUCUGAAUAAUGGAGUUCUUGUAUUACAAAAUUAAGUGCUAUAUGUUUUUUUGUCACAUUGUUACAAAUGUUAAUGACAUUUUCAUUGAUUGGAUGAAAACUUCAGGGCUUCUUUUCUGUAUAUAACAAAUCUGUACAUAUUUUUGUAUCUUUUAGUUAUGUAAAUUUUGCACAGAAAUUUUUGACAUAAGUUUAUUUUCUUUCAGUUUAGUUCUGUGCAUGCACUAAUAAAACUGGUUGUUUAAUUUAAAAGGAAUAUAUCAGACUUUACCCAUGUUAUUUUCUUGGUUUUUAUUUCAGAUGUAGAUUUUUUUUUUUUUAGGUAAAUUCGUUUUUCAGGGAUUGAACACUAUUGUUAGCAAGUGCCUAAAAAAGAUGUGAAACAGUUUACAUAUGUCAACUGUAACAGCAGGUCCCAAAUGGGCCCAUUCCCCUAAUAGGUUUAUUUUAAAGAAAGCCAUACAUAGAAUGCUUCAAGCUAUCUUGCUAUGCACAUUAUACUUGUACUGUUUUGUGCAGUUUGUCUACUUUCUUAGUGAAGUAUUUUUUGUAUAAAAUGUUACAAUUGUGUUUCUUAAAUUGAGCCUAAGAAUGGAGUUAAUUGGAAAUAUACAGUAUAUAUUAAUAAUGUAUAUGGUGUUUAAAGAAUGGUAAGCAUUGUUAAUUUCUGUAAUGAACAUUUUCAAUUAAAUUUAUUUUAAGUUUGUGUUUACACAAGAAUUUUUUACUGUGCUAAAAUUUAAUGGGAAUUUUAUUUUACUAGAAAAUAUUAGAUUUUAAAGUGUAUGUGUUUUCAAUGCUAGUUAACUAUACAAGAUAAAGUAUGGGAUUUCUUUUUCUUCCCCAAAUCAUGGAUGAUAUAUUACUUAAGAAAGGUAACAUAUACCAUAGUUUUACUAUGGUUAUGCUGGCAAGGUAAGCCAUAGAAAGGCUUGUAGUCUUCAGUUCUCUAACAGCAAUAAAAUUAAAUGCUCUGCUUGUUACAUAUAGAUUCAUUAUGAGGGAUCACCUGCUGUGAAUAGAGAGGAGAGAGAAGGAACUUUCCUGCUACCGCUAACAGCACUAUAAAAUUACAUUUCAGAAUAGCCAUAUUAGUAAAAUAAAUCUAAUGUCGAGAUGUAUACUUCUUGCCUUAAAGUUUUAACAGCCAUUUAAGGUAAGAUUCACACCUCAGAUAGUCUGGUUGGAACUUUUUCUGAUUUUGUUAACUUACAUUAUUCUGAGGGAGACAUACCUGCUUGGAGCUUCAUUGUGGCAUUGCAGAAAAUUCAAAACAAAAUCCUCUAUCCCUUUUUGUGACUUUCCAAAGAUGGCUUUCCAAAACAUGAUAUUCAGUAGUUUGAGGUUCUUAUUACAAUUAAAGAGUUAGUUUUAGUUUUGCUGUUGAACUUCUGGGUCAGAAAUUUGUUUUACUAUUUCCAAUUUGUCGAUCUUCACUGAAGUGGGUCUCUCACUAUUUGGCAUCUACUUCAAAAACAGAAUUCACUUCAAAGAAUUUAUCUUGCUAGAUAUUUAGUAACACAAAUUGAAAUCUAAUAGUUUUUUUUUUUUUAAAGAAAAAUGUUUUUAUUGAGGGGACAGCAAAUUUUUUUCAAUAAAGGGUCAGAUAAAUAACUUAAGCUUCAUAGGCCUUCUAGUUUCUGUCCUUACUGCUCAAUUCUCAUAAUGCAGAAACAACCAUAGACAAUAUAUAAAUGAAUUAGUGUGGCUACAUUUAAUAAAACAAUUUACAAAAGCAGGAAGUGGGCUGAAUUUGGCCCACCAGGCCUAGUUUAUCAACUGUUGCUUGAAUUCCCUAGAGUUCGCUUUUAGAGUGGGAUUUUUAUUAAAAAACACAAGCUUGAUAAGUUUUGUGCUGUAUACCACCUGUGUAAAAGAGCUACAAAGUAUUCGAACUAAAAUACAUGUAUAUAAAGUUUCUAGUAUAGAUGUAUUUGUAUAAAAAUGAAGAGACUGUAAAGGUAAUGAAAAUGAUUAGUGGGUAAAAUAGAUCAUUUGUGUGCUGAGUUAGGCAACUUAUGAAGGGAUUAAAAAUGAGAUAGAGGAGAAAUGGCUGUGAGAAUUUAUGUUCAGGUUAGAUGAGAAAAAGACUUAGAUAUUAGUUCUUUUAGUGAUUUGAAAUAGAAUGUUAAGAAAAAGUAAUAGAGGUUCUUGGGAUGGGAGAAAAUAGAGGUGAAGUAAAAACAGAAUAUUAUAUAUUAAUUGCAUACAGCUUAUCCUGAUUUUUAGAAAAUAAGAUUCCUUUUCACCAUUGACAUCUGCUUCCUUCCUUAACUUCCUUAAUAGAGCCAUUUGGGCCAUUGGCUCUGUUCUUUCCCUUAACAACUUGUUAGGAUCCUUGCUGUCAGUAUAGUACCUUGACCCCACUGGGGAUCUUAUCUGACAAAACUUACUGGGGGAAUUUUUCAGGGCAAUGUUUGUUUCUAGUUAGCAGAGUAUGGCAUUGGUGAAAAAAUUUCCCUAUAAUGGAGAGAUGAAAUGGUUCAGUUUUAUGUUCAUUAAUUUAUGCUUCUCUUAAUAACUGGACAGGUGAGAAGUAAUUAGUGUCUUGGAAGAAGUGUUUCUUAAAGUCAUUUUUGAGAUGCCUUUUGACUAGUUCUUUAACAAAGCUUCUGUUAAUGCCUCCAAAUUUUGGAAUCUAUUUAAAAAGAGAAUAAUUGUUACAAGAGUGGAAACUUUUGAGUAAAUAGUGUGGGAAAAAAUAUAAUGUACAUCAAUUUUAGAAGUCAUGAUUUUAGGAGUUGCCAAGAAUGUGUUUAAUUUAAAUACUUAUUCCUAGUAAAGACAUUUCUAAUGUGUUAAAAUAAGGAAUUUUCCAUAUACUUUAAAGUGCUUGAACCAAAAGUGAGGGUUAUGUUUCUGUUGCAACUCUUGAAAUACAUCUUUCAAUUAAGGAGUGAAAUGUUGCCUGCUAUCAUCAAUUACAUCGUAAGUUACUGCUAAUGUCAAAGAAUAGGAAAGCAAAAUGAAAGUUAAACUUUUCAUAUUUGGGAAGAGACCAAAAUACUACUUGUAGAUGACUUGUUUUUAAUAUCUUAAAAGUUUAAAGGAGUACACUGAAAAUUAAGUCACCUUUCCUGAACAAUUAACAGUAAUCAACUGGGAAACAAUAAAAGAAGACCCAUUUGUUUGUUUUUUGAGACAGUCUCACUCCGUCGCCCAGGCUGGAGUACAGUGUGUGAUCUUGGCUCACUGCGGCCUCCACCUCAUGGGUUCAAGCGAUUCUGCUGUAGCUGGGAUUACAGGCACCCACCAUAUGCCCAGCUAAUUUUCAUGUUUUUAGUGGAGAUGAGGUUUCACCGUGUUGGCUAGGCUGGCCUUGAAUUCCAGACCUCAAAUGAUCCACCCACUUUUGCCUCCCAAAGUGCUAGGAUUUUAAGGCGUGAGCCACUGUGCCUGGCCAAUAAGACCCAUUUAUAGUAAGAGGCAUAAAAUAGUAUGAACCCGCCAAAAACAAAAAACCAAAAAAAUCAGACACCAAACCAACCCUAUAAGACCUAACUGGGGGUUACAUAGUAUUUCUGAGUGGAAGACUAAAUAUACCUGCUUGGCAGAUUACAUUUUUACAGCUUUGUCUCCCACCCCCACCCCC